AUGGAGCGCUUCCUGGGUUUUGUCAAGCAGAUAAGAAGAUCUAGGAGAAGAAAGGGGAAAAAGUACCGACCAGAAGAGGAUUACCAUGAGGGCUAUGAGGAUGUCUAUUAUUACGCGUCAGAGCAUUUUCGAAAUGAGAGUCCCUACACUAAAUCCGCCAGCCAGACAAAGCCGCCUGAUGGAGCAUUGGCUGUGAGGAGACAGAGCAUUCCAGAAGAGUUCAAGGGCUCCACCGUUGUUGAACUGAUGAAGAAGGAAGGCACGACCCUGGGUCUGACGGUGUCGGGAGGAAUUGAUAAGGACGGCAAGCCAAGGGUGUCUAAUCUGCGGCAAGGAGGAAUCGCUGCCAGAAGUGACCAGCUGGAUGUGGGUGACUACAUCAAAGCAGUGAAUGGGAUCAACCUGGCCAAAUUCCGCCAUGAUGAGAUCAUCAGCUUGCUGAAGAACGUCGGGGAGAGAGUGGUUCUUGAAGUCGAGUAUGAGCUUCCGCCAGUCUCUGUACAAGGAUCAAGUAUUAUUUUCCGAACGGUGGAGGUCACAUUACAUAAAGAAGGCAAUACAUUUGGUUUUGUAAUACGAGGGGGAGCACACGAUGAUAGAAAUAAAUCUCGCCCAGUUGUGAUAACAUGUGUUCGUCCUGGAGGGCCUGCUGACAGAGAGGGCACAAUCAAACCUGGUGACAGGCUGCUCAGUGUGGAUGGGAUUCGGCUUCUGGGAACCACACAUGCAGAAGCCAUGAGUAUUCUCAAACAAUGUGGACAAGAAGCAACACUGCUGAUUGAAUACGAUGUCUCAGUAAUGGAUUCUGUGGCAACAGCAUCCGGGCCACUACUUGUUGAAGUUGCCAAAACUCCUGGUGCCAGCCUUGGGGUUGCCCUAACUACCUCAAUGUGCUGUAACAAACAGGUCAUUGUCAUAGACAAAAUCAAAUCUGCAAGUAUUGCAGACAGGUGCGGCGCCCUGCACGUGGGAGAUCACAUCUUGUCCAUCGACGGCACCAGCAUGGAGUACUGCACGCUGGCAGAAGCCACCCAGUUCCUGGCAAACACCACCGACCAGGUCAAGCUUGAGAUUCUCCCGCACCAUCAAACGCGUCUGGCGCUGAAGGGCCCCGACCAUGUGAAAAUUCAGAGGAGCGACAGGCAACUUACCUGGGAUUCCUGGGCCAGCAACCACUGCAGCCUUCAUACCAACCACCACUGUAGCACGCACCACCCUGAUCAUUGCAGACCAUCAGCCCUGACAUUCCCGAAAGCGCCUCCUCCAAACAGCCCUCCAGCUUUGGUGUCUUCAUCCUUCUCUCCUACCUCCAUGAGUGCAUACAGCCUGAGUUCCCUGAACAUGGGAACUUUACCUCGAAGCCUCUACUCUACCAGCCCACGUGGAACCAUGAUGAGGAGGAGACUCAAAAAGAAAGACUUCAAAAGCUCAUUGUCUUUAGCCUCUAGCACAGUGGGACUGGCUGGGCAGGUUGUCCACACAGAAACCACAGAAGUUGUGCUGACAGCAGAUCCUGUCACAGGAUUUGGAAUCCAACUGCAGGGCAGUGUGUUUGCCACAGAGACUCUCUCUUCUCCACCUCUGAUUUCCUAUAUUGAAGCUGACAGCCCAGCAGAGAGAUGUGGGGUGCUACAGAUUGGAGACAGAGUGAUGGCCAUUAAUGGAAUUCCAACUGAAGACAGCACCUUUGAGGAAGCCAAUCAGCUCCUCCGAGACUCUUCAAUCACGAGCAAGGUCACUCUGGAAAUCGAGUUUGAUGUUGCAGAGUCUGUCAUCCCCAGUAGUGGAACAUUUCAUGUAAAGCUCCCUAAGAAGCACAACGUGGAACUUGGAAUAACCAUAAGUUCACCAUCCAGUAGAAAGCCAGGGGACCCCUUGGUCAUUUCAGAUAUCAAGAAAGGGAGUGUGGCUCACAGAACUGGAACCCUGGAACUUGGGGAUAAGUUACUUGCAAUAGAUAACAUCCGGCUGGACAACUGCUCCAUGGAAGAUGCCGUCCAGAUCCUCCAGCAAUGUGAAGACCUGGUGAAGCUGAAAAUCCGCAAAGAUGAAGAUAAUUCAGAUGAGCAAGAAAGUUCCGGAGCAAUCAUUUACACCGUGGAGCUUAAGCGCUAUGGGGGGCCCCUUGGCAUCACGAUUUCAGGAACUGAAGAGCCAUUUGAUCCUAUAAUCAUUUCAAGUCUCACUAAAGGGGGAUUAGCUGAAAGAACCGGCGCAAUCCACAUAGGAGACCGAAUCCUCGCCAUCAACAGCAGCAGCUUGAAAGGGAAGCCCCUGAGCGAAGCCAUCCAUUUGUUGCAGAUGGCAGGAGAGACUGUCACCUUGAAAAUUAAGAAACAGACAGAUGCCCAGUCGGCAUCCAGUCCCAAGAAGUUCCCCAUUCCCAGCCAUUUGAGUGACCUGGGAGAUACAGAGGAGGACUCCUCUGCCACACCAAAGCCAGGCAAGCUUUCUGAACUGUACCCCUCCACGGUGCCCAGCGUGGACAGUGCUGUGGAUUCCUGGGAUGGCUCCGCUAUCGACACAAGCUACGGGAGUCAGGGCCCUGGUUUUCAGGCCUCCGGAUACAACUUCAACACUUAUGACUGGAGGAAUCCGAAACAGAGAGGCAGCUUGUCCCCAGUCCCUAAGCCUCGAAGCCAGACUUACCCGGAUGUGGGACUCAGUAAUGAAGAUUGGGACCGCUCCACAACCAGUGGUUUCGCAGGGACUUCUGACAGCGCGGAGGCUGAGCAAGAAGAGAACUUCUGGUCCCAAGCACUGGAGGAUUUAGAAACCUGUGGACAGUCAGGAAUUCUGAGAGAACUUGAGGAGAAAGCUGACAGGCGUGUGUCUUUGAGAAACAUGACUCUCUUGGCAACAAUCAUGUCGGGGAGCACGAUGAGUUUGAACCAUGAAGCCCCAACAACUCGCAGUCAGCUGGGGCGACAGGCCAGCUUCCAGGAACGCAGCAGCUCACGCCCACACUAUAGCCAAACAACUCGGAGCAACACCCUGCCUUCAGAUGUGGGCAGGAAGUCUGUGACUCUGAGAAAAAUGAAACAAGAAAUCAAGGAGAUCAUGUCCCCGACUCCUGUGGAGCUGCACAAGGUAACCUUGUAUAAGGACUCUGACAUGGAGGACUUUGGGUUCAGUGUAGCUGAUGGCUUGCUGGAGAAAGGAGUAUAUGUUAAAAAUAUUCGCCCAGCUGGGCCAGGCGAUCUUGGCGGCUUAAAGCCCUAUGACAGGCUCUUACAGGUUAACCAUGUCCGAACGAGAGAUUUUGACUGCUGCCUUGUUGUGCCCCUCAUAGCAGAAUCUGGUAAUAAGCUGGACCUGGUAAUCAGUAGAAAUCCACUGGCUUCCCAGAAGUCCAUGGACCAACAGACUCUUCCAGGAGGAGACUGGUGUGACCAGAACACUGCUUUUUCCCAGCAGCUGAGCCAUGGUGGUAAUCUGGAGACACGAGAACCCACUAAUACAUUAUAG